UUCCGGUGGCCAGUGUGAGUGGGAGCUAUGGCUAAACACCAUCCGGAUUUGAUCUUUUGCCGCAAGCAAGCUGGUGUCGCCAUCGGAAGACUGUGUGAAAAAUGUGAUGGCAAGUGUGUGAUCUGUGACUCCUAUGUGCGCCCCUGCACCCUGGUGCGCAUAUGUGACGAGUGUAAUUACGGCUCCUACCAGGGCCGCUGUGUGAUCUGUGGAGGGCCCGGAGUCUCAGAUGCCUAUUACUGUAAGGAAUGCACCAUCCAGGAGAAGGAUAGAGAUGGUUGCCCAAAGAUUGUCAAUUUGGGGAGUUCUAAGACUGAUCUCUUCUAUGAACGCAAAAAGUACGGCUUCAAGAAGAGGUGAUUGGCUGGCAGUCCUUACCUUCCCCUGUAAAGCUGUGCAGCUGCCAGAGAAGACACCUACCAGCAAAGAAGUGGGGCCCAGAACACCACCAGACCGACCUGUUGCUCUACUGGUAACUUUCCACCUGCUCCCUCUCCCUUCGCCCAGACACGGGUGUAGGAACGGAAAAGGACUCUUCCUGGCACCCUAGCCAUUUCAGCAUAGUUCUUGAUUCUUUUUGAAUUUGCAACGUAUGCCUCAGUUCCCCACGUGGAUGGCUUCUCGCUAUACCAAGCCGUCCUCACUACAAUAGAAAAACACCUUGGCCACUGCUCCAAUGGCAGGUGUCCUUGAUGAAAUCUGGGGUCAGGGUACAGUGGGGAGAUAGCAGAACAGCGACCUGAACGUGAGAUUUGAUCUUGUAAAGGUUACCAGGGUGGUGCUGGCCUCAUGCUACUUUUCUUCUGAGAAAUUGGAAACCCUUACUGUUGCUGUUGUGUUAAUAAAGUUGGUGUUUAUUUUCUGGUA